GCGCCCGGAAGAGACGGAGGAGGAGGGUGGGGGAGGGAGCGCGCGCGCGGAGCGGCUGGACGUCCGGGGCCGGGGACUCCGCGACAGUAUGGAGGGCGAGAGGACGUCGGCGAUGAUCUCGGGGUUUGUGUUCGGCUCCCUCGCUUUCCAGCACCUGAACUCCAACGCCGACACGGAAGGUUUUCUCCUUGGGGAAGUGAAAGGUGAAGCCAAGAAUAGCAUUACAGACUCUCAGUUGAAUGAUGUUGAAGUUGUUUAUACAAUUGACAUACAAAGGUAUAUUCCAUGCUAUCAGCUUUUCAGCUUUUAUAACUCAAUAGGUGAAGUAAAUGAGCAGGAGCUGAAGAAGGUCAUCCCAUGCUGCAAAAAGAACAUUAUUGGAUGGUACAAAUUCAGACGUAAUUCAGACCAAGUGAUGACAUUUCGAGAGAGGAUUCUCCACAAAAAUUUACAAAAACAUCUUUCAAAUCAGGAACUUGUUUUUCUGUUACUUACACCAAGCAUAACCACAGAAAGCUGCUCCACCCAUAGGUUGGAUCAUGCAUUACAUAGACCUCAGGAAGGCAUUUCCCAUAAAGUGCCUUUGGUGGUGACCAACUUAGGUAUGUCAGAGCUGCAGGGAUAUAAGACUGUGUUGAGUUCCUGUAUGUCUGCUGCCUUUGGCCGAACAGUCAAUGCACAUAGGUCAGAAUUUUUUAAUGAAGAUGGAACUUUAAAAGAGGUGCAGAAGAUAAGUGAACUAUAUGCCACUAUACAAGAAGAAUUAAAGGAAAUAUGCACUCAAGUAUUAGAGAGUGAGCAAUUAGUAGAAAAAUUAAUAAAGGAUAUAAAUAGACUAAAAGAAGAACUUGCAUCAAGGAAGAGAGCAAAGAUUCUAGUAUCAGCAAUAAAAAGCUGUGACCUGGAAACAGAAGAGAAUGUUCUUCUCUGUCAAGCUCUACGGACAUUUUUCCCAAGUUGUGGAUUUCUUCAUUCGUGUAUUGUUUGUUUGAAAGGCAGGCAGAUUUCUAGAAACUGCUGUAACACUGACCAUAAACUCCAUCUGGUGAGUGAAUUAACUCUGAUGCUAGAAAGCCCUGAUUUUUCAGAUGAUGAUGAAACAAGAUAUGGAGUUAAGCGUGAAUCUCUUGACUUAGAGAACCAAAGACCAUGCAAGAAAGCGCGACUGUUACAAAUUCCUAAUCAGUCUCUUAAAAUAGAUCAUGAAAACAGUGAUGAGGAAAAAGAACUGACGAGCAGUAUAGAAACAGAUGAAGAUGCGGAGGAAUUGAAGGACAAUGUUGAAUAUCCAGAGUCACCAACUUUCUGAACCUUUCAUACAAUUUUUCUGAUUGUCCCGACUGACCAAAGGGCAACAGAGGUAAAAAAAAGUUUACUGUGUUUUGAAAUACUAACUGGAUAAGUUCUAACAAUUUUCUAAAGUAUUGCUUUAUAUAAAUAUUUUGGAAACUUGUUAAAUUAAGAAGGUGACAAGAUUUUUAUUAUAGUACUCUAGGAGUAUGGCAAAAAAUUACUAGUUAUUUUCCAAGUUUAGUUUUUGUAAAUAAAAGCUUUUACUGAAACUAAUUCACUUUGUAGAUGAAAUAUUUCUGUAAAAAAAAAUCCUAAAACCUGAAGCUUCCUUUUUAAAUUUGGUCUAUAAAAUAAAGGCCACACUAAGAAGUUAAAUUACACAAUUCAACUACUCAGGUUUUCACUGCAUACCUUUUCUUGUGCCUAAUCAACUAUCGCAUUGGUAAUUCUUCAAGUCUAAACUACUCCCCCAUCAAGAAAUUCUCAUGUCCACCUUCUGUGUGUUCAUAUACGUUGUUUCUCCCCACUAGGAACUUCAGUUCCUUGGUGGCAGGCACUUUUUUGGGGUUACCUGUCAUUUAUCAGGUACUUAACAAAUGGCUUCUGAAAGAAUAAACUAUACUUGUCCCUUAAGUCUACCCCAUUGUUUGAACAAAUGAUGUUUCAGUUAAAAUUCUAAAGGGCUUGGUUUAAAGACAAACAAACUCAUCUUUGAUUUACUAUCUGUGAUAUCCCCUCCCUCACUCUCCCAGCCAUACGCUGAAAUCAAGAGGGUCUGCUGGUAGAACCAAGAACCCACAAUCAGCUCUACAGCAAUUGACAAUGUCAGAUAGAGUUCAGCUGAGCUUUUUAAUUUUCUACCACAAGAGUGUGAAAGUUAAUAAUUCAAAAUCAGAUAUAAGAGCUGUAUGGUUCUUUGGAGACCAUCUUUUCCAGCCACAUUUUACAGAUGAGGAAACAGGCCCACAGAACCUAACAUAGAAAUAAGCCAGAUCUUGUGACAUGCAGGCCAAUGUUUUUAAAACUGAAUCACAGUUGAUAGCACACACAUCUGUCAAGUAAGUUUAAUUGGUACUAGCUUUAUUCUCAGUAUUUGAUGUUACAAAUUUUGGGAUCUUUCAGAUACGCAGGAUCCUUGUAAGUAACUGGCAUAAAUCCUACAAAAAGAGAAUUUGUUUUUAAGUUUUUCACUAUAAUUUGCACAAGUAAAAAAAUCAAUAACCUAAAAUUAGAAAAAGAUUAAACAUAUAAUAAAAACUUACAUAGUCUGCCAUAAGAUCUAGAGCAAACUGAGACAAAUUAAGAGCCAUUCCUCAAUAGACUAGUGGUCAGAGAAGAUGAGCACUUGCAAAGGAAGCAAUGCAAAACUAAGGAGAGAUAUGUGUAUUAAAAUACUGACUUAUACUUUGUACAAAACCCAGCAGAAAAUGGUGAAAUUUAAUGUUGGAUGAGAACCUGCUUGCUUCACUGCUGGUUGAAUAGUCUAAAUGUUUUUAUGAAUUUUUGGAUUUAAGAAAAGUGGCUUAAUUCUUCACUUUCUUUGAACCAGAAAUGCUACUCCUAGAACUAUAUCCCAAGGAGGCUUAAUGAAGGCCAGAAAAGAUUAUUGUGUGAAAAACAUUCAUAGCAUCGUUUUUUAAGAUGACCAAAAGCUGGGGGAAAACGUGCCCAAUAAUUGGGCAACUGCUAAAAGAACUGUGAUAAUGAGUACAAUGCAAUAUCAUUGUACCAUAAGAAUGAUAAAAUAAGAAUUCAUAGAAUAUAUCAGGACUUAUAUAAGAGAGCCAGAGUGGAGAAAGCAGAACAAGAACACACACCAACCCCAUGGCAAGUAAAGGCAGCCCUCCAGAGCAGCAUCACUACACAAAAUUAAAGCAUACCUCCUCCUAAUCACUACAAACUACAAAACAGCAAAAUGACACACUUAGUUGCAAUCAGGCUGUUCUGCUUAAUUCUUAGGAGAAAAGUUACGAGGGAUUUGGGUAUUGGUUGGAAAGUGUCACAUUAAAGCAAAAUCUACCCAGAAACACACACAGUAAACUAUAUAACGGGCAAAAAAUUAGAUAAUAAAUAUUCACUAACUCUUACCCAUUAUCUGAGCCCGCUUAAUAGCCUUUGUAAUCUCUUUCUGUUUUUUCCCACAUAAGCCUAUGAAAGAAAAAUGUUUUCAUUAAUUUCACCUCCAGAUACAAAAUUAAUGCUUAUAUAAAAGCCUCAGGAUGAUUAUGCUUCUAAACAAGUAAACUUUGCUUUAAAAGAAAAACUACUUAAUUUCAAAACACCCUAUCAAGUCCUGUCCUUGAACAUAAUGCUUUUGGAGAGUUGCACUAACACAGCUAAUUGAGUCUAAAGUGCCUAAAAUAUAACCAUUCUGCCUUAAACUGUAACAUGUAGUCAACACUGAUAAUAGAAAACUAGCUCAUUUUCUUAAAGCAUAAAUUAACAUUGGUUUUAAAUUAUUUACACAUUAAAAUACUCACAAAUGUGUUUAAAUGUAAAUACCUGUUAAGUGUCUCCCAUAAAUGCAUCCAGUGAAUGGAGAAACAAACUGGGACAAAAGCUGUUGAUAUUUUUAUAAACAAAACCAAAAUUAGUAGUAAUCAAAGUUAAUAAGCAACUUUUAAAAACUCUUCAAUUUUUUUUCUUAGUACUGUAACACCAACUUACAUUUAUAUAGUGAAAGAUCUGCCUUUCAACAAUCUUUUCAGGUAGGUAUGAGUUUCAUUCCCACUUUAAAGAUAUGGAAACAGGCUCAAAGUGCUCAGUGUCAUAGCAACAGAACUAGAAAAUACUGGUAUUGAAACUUCAGCCCAGGGCCUGGUGAUUUCUAAAUCUACUGAAAUGUUCACUACUAAACUAUAUGGUCUAAUAUAGCCAUAUACUUAUAUGGACAUGAAUAUCUUUAAGAAAUGCCAAGCCCAUUUAUUAACAGCAUGAGCCCAAAUUUUUAAAUGUUCCUAUGAAAUCUCCAAUUAAAAAUAUGCUUAGAUUACAUAUACACAUUUAAUAUCAUCAGGGAAGAAGGUAACUUAAGUUUAUCCCCUUUUAAGUAACAAGUUUUUAAAGUUUUUCUUUUGCACGAUUAUCUUUAAUCUCAAUCCUAGAGACCUCAUGAUAAACAAAUUUCCUCACUUGAGAGGUGGUGGAUUAUAGAUGUGUAAUAUGUAUAUACGUUGCUCAAAUGUUUUCUGUCACAAAAGGGUAGUGCUAUUUAAGGGUAUAUGUAGAAAAGGAAUCAAAAUAUGUCUGGUUAAACAGAAGAUACUGAACAUAAGUUUAUGCAAUGAUCCAUUACUGUUAUGGUGACUAUCAAUUACUUGGGCAGGGGGUGGGGAGAGCUUUUUAUAUAUACUCAGAGUUCUUGUGUAGCAUUUAUAGUGUUUUUUUCCUCCCUCACCAUUAGCUUACUUCUCUUGCUAGCAAUACUGUUUUCCCACUUUUUAUAAUUUGUUAAUUCUAAUCAGCUAUGUGCCAGGAAAUAAACUUGGUUACAAAUAAA